AGGAAGUAUCAAAAUAUAGGGAGCUUCAAACAUUUUUCCUUUGUGGUUCAGGGCCGACGUAUCUGGUAGCGAGUGUGCGGAAAGGGAUCGGAGAUGGGAGGAGGACAUGGACACGGCGGCGUUACCUAUAAAGGGGUCACCAUCCACCAGCCCAAGCGGUGGCAUACCGUCACCGGGAAGGGAUUGUGUGCCGUCAUGUGGUUUUGGGUUCUGUACAGAGCUAAGCAGGAUGGACCUGUAGUUUUGGGGUGGAGGCAUCCUUGGGAAGGUCAUGGCGAUCAUGGACAUGAUCAGCAUUAGGCUGAGCGAUUGGCGGAGAACGGUAUCUUCAACAACUACCAUGAAGUUUUUAUUGUCUUCCUUUUUUUGCAGGUCCAAUGUCGAGUUCGAGGCAUGGUCGCUCUGUAAACUCUCACCUUGGUGAGCUUUUGUUGUAUGUGUGGGUUGAUGAAUUUGCCCUUGUAUCAUCAGUUCUUUGGUCUUUACAAUUCAAUAAGUGGGCAAAAAGGAUAUAUUGUUGUUAAUUGUUAUCAACCAGACCAUUCAAAAACCAGAUCAUUGUGCACUUAAUUUUGCUUAAUCUUUUUGGGUGCUGAUGGAGUGCGUAGUAUUAGUCUAUGGGGGCAAUGUCAAGUCAUCCUUAGUUGAUAUAUAAAUAUAUAUAACCCAAUCACUUUGGAUCUUUUGACGUUGAUGUCAUAAUAUGAUCCGAGACAUCUACCGUGCUCGUUGGUACAAUUGUUGGUUCCUAUGCCU